GCGCGGGGCAUCCUGGGAGAGGCCGCAGUCAGCAGCGCAGCGGCGGGAACCGCAGCCCGGCGGCCCUGGAACCUCCCAGAGGCUGGAAGAAGGGUCGAAGACCUUGGGAUUGGAAUUGCAGAUGAGUGGGAGUGCUGGUCCUCGGUCCUCUAAAAGAGCAACAGCUACUGAAUCAUCUUCCCCGCCCUUUAGUUUUGGCUGAGCUGUGAUAAAAGGACUCACUGAUGAACUGGAACAAGGAACCCUGGAUGGUGAAGAGAGAGAAGAUAGUAAUAAAGUAUACAGGUACAAAAGUACAAGAAGAGGAAACUCACAGAAAGACAAUAGGGAGAAAUGGCUGGUUCUCCAGUAAAUACACUCCAGGGUCUGUUGACAUUCUGCGAUGUGGCUGUGGACUUCUCCCAGGAGGAGUGGGAAUACCUGGACUCUGCUCAGAGGGCUUUAUACAUUGGUGUAAUGUUAGAAAAUUACAGCAACCUUGUGUCUGUGGGCAUUAUUGUGUGCAAGGCAGACCUGGUCCCCUGUCUGGAACAAAUCUCUAUACCCUGGAAUGUGAAGACAGACGAGAUGGUGGCUAAACCAGAUAGAGAGAACCAUCAAAUGCGCAGUGAAUCUGAGAAGGUAUUCAGUCAAGACUCAAAGAGUACCAUCUGUGAGCAUGUGGAUAUGCAAUGGAAGUCCAGUGAAUGUAAUGAACUUAGCAAAAUGCUUCAUGAAUCCUCUGGAUGGGUACUUUACAAAACAAAUAAUACUCCAGAAAUCUGCAACAAAUACAGAUUUGGUAACCACGGGGAUGGCUGUAUUCAAUCAGAAAACCUCAGUAUGCACACUGGAGAAGAACCUUGCAAAUAUAAAGACUAUGACAAAUCUUUAAGUUUAUUUUCAAACACAAGUCAGACUCAUGGAAUCUCCAUAGGAGAGAAGGAAGAUAAAGAAUGUGAUAAAACUUUUGGUUCUACCCCAAAACUUGUACAGCUAAGAAUCCAUAGUGGAGAAAACCCACAGAAGUGUAGGAAAUGUAGAACAGGAUUCAAGACCUGCACGAGCCUCAGUACACAUCAGGGAACUUAUACUGGAGAGAAACCAUGGAUAUGCACAGAAUGUGACAAGGCCUUUACGUGCUUCUCAGAUCUUGAAACCCAUUACAGAAUCCAUUCUGGAGAAAAGCCUUUCAAAUGUAAGGAAUGUAACAUAUCUUUUACCUUCUGCUCUUCUCUUAGAGAACAUCAGAAUAUCCUUGAGGGAAAAUUGUACAAAUGUUGGGAAUGUGACAAAUCCUUUACCCGGUGCUCAUCUCUUAGAGCACAUGAGAAAAUUCACACUGGAGAGAAAACUUUCAAAUGUAAGGAAUGUAUUAAGUCCUUUUAUAUGCUGUCCCAGCUUAAAAAACAUGCCAGAACACAUACUGGAGAGAAACCAUACAAAUGUAAGGAAUGUGACAAAUCUUUUACCUACUCCUCAUCUCUUAGAGAACAUCAGAAAAUGCAUGCUGGAAAACUAUAUAAAUGUCAGAAAUGUGACAAAUAUUUUACCCGCUGCUCAUCUCUUAGAGCACAUGAGAAAAUUCACACUGGAGAGAAACCUUUCAAAUGUAAGGAAUGUGGUAAGUCCUUUUAUAUGUUGUCUCAACUUAGAAAACAUGCCAGAACUCAUACUGGAGAGAAACCGUACAAAUGCAAGGAGUGUGAGAAAUCCUUUACCCAGUGUUCAACACUUAGGAUACAUCAGAAAAUUCAUGCUGGAGAGAAACCCUACAAAUGUGAAGAAUGUGGUAAGUGCUUUUAUAAGUUGUCAUACCUUAAAGUCCAUUACAGAACCCAUACUGGAGAGAAGCCUUACCAGUGUAAAGAAUGUGGUAAGGGCUUUUCCCAGUUGUCUUGUCUUAAAAGCCAUGAGAGAAUCCAUACUGGGGAGAAGCCUUACAAAUGCAGUGAAUGUGACAAAUCCUUUACACACUGCUCAACUUGUAGGAGACACCAGAGCACUCAUGCUGCAAAGCUUUACAAAUGUGAGGAAUGUGACAAAUCCUUUGCCAAACAGUCAUCUCUCAGAACACAUCAGAACGUCCAUGCAGGAGAGAAACCUCAUGCUUGUAAAGAAUGUGGUAAGGCCUUCCAUCAACUGUCACAUCUGAAAGUUCAUUACAGAACCCAUACUGGAGAGAAACCUUACAAAUGCGAUGAAUGUGAAAAAUCGUUUACGAAAUGUUCAUCUCUCAGAACACAUGAGAAAGUCCAUGCAGGAGAGAAACCUCAUGCUUGUAAAGAAUGUGGUAAGGCCUUCUAUCACAUAUCACACCUUAACAUCCAUUACAGAAUUCAUACAGGAGAGAAGCCUUACAGAUGUAGCGAAUGUGACAAAUCCUUUACCACGCUGGCAAACCUUAGAAGACAUCACAAAAUUCAUACUGGGGAGAAAACAGUCCAUAGUAAAUAAUGUGGUGUAUGCUUUUUCCAGAGUGCUGUCCUUACGGACCACUGCAGGCUCCACCCCAGAGAAACAUUAUGAACAUGAGAAAUCUGGGAAGCCUUUAUGGAAUAUUUAAAUCUUCCCUCACUAUAACUUAGAGAGUUAUAGUGAGGAAAAAUCUAAAAUGUUGCACUAUUGGAAGCCUUUCAUUAAAACAUUAUACUUGUUCAACCUCAAAAAAUUCAUAAUGAAGUCAAUAUUUGUUAAUCUAAAAGAUGUCACCAAGCCUUUAGUUAUUCCCUGAAAUGACAUACAACAGAAAAUUUAUAUUAGAAAUCAUUUAUGUUUCCAGUGUGCUAUGUUCAUGCCUCACUGCAUACUAGAAAUUCUUCUCUAGAGACCCCAAAGAAAUAACAUUGAAUUUGUCAAAGCCUUUCCCUACUAUACAUCUGGAAAUUCUUCCUGAACUCAGUAUGUCUAGAGUGGUUUUCAUUCAAGAUGUAGAUAAAUCUAAUUGUCAUUUGUUGCAUGAGUAUUCUAUAAAUAAGCAAAUUUUCAACAAUAAUGUUAGGCCAGUAAAAGCAUUAUAUGUUAUAAUCUGCCACCAGGAAUAGGAGCCUUUCUUCCUAGCAAUUUAGCUAUUUCAUCAGCCAUAUCCUUGUAAGAAAUAAUUAAUAAGCUAUCUGAAAAUGUUUAAAACCUCAAAACUUAAAUUCCUUUGGAAAUCUUGUGAGUGGUAUUUGAUAUGUUCUCACAUGUAAUUUUGUUGAUUAGGGUCUGUGGGGAUAAUACAGAAGUAAGUGGAAUUCCAAUCAUAUUUCAUAGACAUUUGUGUUUUUUCAUAUUUAUAAUCUGAUUCCCCAACAAUUUAACCAUCUGUUGUAACUCUCCUACCUCUGAUUCUAUUUGUUCAUCAAUGCUUGUCUUACUCAUAAAUUAUGAGAAUCAUGUUACUGUUUUUGUACAAACUGUUGCAAUCAUAAUUAUUCCUGUGAUGGUAACAAUAAGCUAUUCAAUAAAACAUUUUGUCCUUUUUAGAAAUCUA